AUGUCCAAGACAUCUACCAAGACUGCCGAUAAGGCCGGCAAGGCCAGCAAGGCCCUGAACAAGGUCAAGGAUGCCGGUGUCACCAAGGCUUCCCAGUCCCCCGCCGCCAAGAGCAAGGCCGUUGCCAGCAAGGUCGCCUCCAAGGAGAAGGCCUCCAAGAAGAACAAGAAGAAGGAGCCUACUCCCAGCUCCUCCGAGUCCGAGUCUGAGUCCGAUGAGGAUAUGAAGGAUGCUUCCUCCAGCUCCGAGUCCGAGUCUGAGUCUGAGGAGGAGAAGCCCGCUCCUAAGAAGACCGAGAAGAAGGUCGCUGCCAAGGCUGAGUCUUCUGACUCUUCCGACUCUGACUCCGACUCUUCCGAGUCCGAGGAGGAGAAGCCCGCCCCCAAGAAGGCCGAGAAGAAGGUCGCUGCCAAGGCUGAGUCUUCUGACUCUUCCGACUCUGACUCCGACUCUUCCGAGUCCGAGGAUGAGAAGCCCGCUCCCAAGAAGGCCGAGAAGAAGGCUGAGUCUUCCGACUCUUCCGACUCUGAGUCCUCUGAGUCCGAGUCCGAGGCCAAGAAGGCCUCUUCCGACUCUGAGUCUGGUUCCGACUCUGACAGCUCUGACUCUGACUCCGAGGAGACCCCUGUCUCCAAGAAGCGCAAGGCUGAUGAGGAGCCUGCUGCCACUGCCAAGAAGUCCAAGACCGAGGAGGUUCCCGAGGGUGCUGUCGCCAACCUCUUCAUUGGUAACCUGUCCUGGAACGUCGAUGAGGAGUGGCUCCAGCGUGAGUUCUCCGAGUUCGGUGAGCUCUCCGGUGUCCGCAUUGUCACCGACCGUGAGACCGGUCGCUCCCGUGGAUUCGGCUACGUUGAGUACAACAACGCUGCCGAUGCCGCCAAGGCCAUGGAGGCCAAGAAGGGUACCGAUCUUGAUGGUCGCACCAUCAACCUCGACUACGCCGCUCCCCGUCAGGCCAACCCCCCUGCCGACCGCUCCCAGGAUCGUGCUCGCUCUUACGGCGACCAGACCAGCCCCGAGAGCGACACUCUCUUCGUUGGCAACCUUCCCUUCAGCGCCACUGAGGAUGCUCUCCACGAGGUCUUCGGCGCUCAGGGCUCCGUUCUCGGAAUCCGUCUCCCCACUGAGCAGGAGACCGGCCGCCCCAAGGGCUUCGGUUACGUUCAGUUCGCUUCCAUCGAUGAGGCCAAGGCUGCUCACGCUGCUCUCAACGGCCACGAGCUCGAGGGCCGUGCUAUCCGUCUUGACUUCUCUACUCCCCGCCCUGCCGGUGGUGACCGUGGUGGCUUCGGCGGCCGUGGUGGUGGUCGCGGUGGUGGUCGUGGUGGCUUCGGCGGUCGCGGCGGCGGCGGUGGCUUCGGUGGCCGUGGUGGUGGUGGUCGCGGCGGUGGCCGUGGUGGCUUUGGCGACCGUGGCGGCCGUGGUGGUGCCCUCAACAAGGGCAAGGGCAGCAUCCCUGAGUACAAGGGUACCAAGGUUACCUUCUAA